AUGUGGGCGGAUUCCUGGUUUGGGGGAACCAAUCAGCUCCUGUCUAGUAAUCCUCUUUGUCUUUGUAUUUUAGUCCAUGGCCGGGAGAUUAGGAAAACCUCAGAGGAUUGUCUCACUUUGUCUCCAGACUGGAAAGUAGAAGAUGAGGACAUCACACAGUAUAGUCCAGGAGAAAACCCAGUUCCCUCCAGUGUCCAUCCGGCACCACCCAGUGUAGAUGGACCAUCGGAUUCCUCGUAUCCUGAGGAACCUCAGACUGUGCGGGACCGGGCCGGCCUUCCAACAGGGAAGAGCUUCUCCUGUACUGAGUGCGGGAAAUGUUUUCGGUUUAAAACCAGCUUUAAUGUGCAUAAAAAAUCUCAUACAGGUCAGAACCCCUCUUCCUGUGCUGAGUGCGGGAAGAUUUUUUCAUUGAAAUCCAGUAUUUACAGCCAUCGAAGAUCUCACAUGGGGGAAGAAAUGUAUUCCUGUCCAGAGUGCGGUAAUUUUUUUCCAAAGAAAUCACCUCUCAGCAGCCAUCCGAUAUCACACAUGAGAGAGAAGCCGUAUUCCUGUUCAGUGUGCGGGAAAUGUUUUUCACUGAAGUCCAGGCUUCACCUACAUCAGAGAUCUCACACGGGGGAGAAGCCAUUUUCCUGUUCUGAGUGUGGGAAAUGUUUUGCAAAUAAAUCACAACUUGUCGUACAUAAGAGGUCUCACACAGGGGAUAAACCAUAUUCCUGCUCUGAGUGCGGGAAAUGUUUUUCAGACAAGUCCAAUCUUUCCAGACAUCAGAGAUUGCACACAGGGGAGAAGCCAUUUUCCUGUGCUCAGUGUUUGAAAUGUUUUUUAAGAAAAUCAGAUCUUAUCACACAUCAGAGAUCUCACACGGGCGAAAAGCCAUAUUCCUGCCCUGAGUGCGGAAAAUUUUUUUCAGGGAAGUCCAAUCUUUACCGACAUCAGAAAUUGCAUACAGGGGAAAAGCCUGUGUCCUGUUCUGAGUGCGGGAAAUGUUUUGUACGAAAAUCAGAUCUUGUUAUACAUCAGAGGUCUCACACAGGGGAGAAGCCGUAUGCCUGUCCUGAGUGCGGGAAAUGUUUUUCAGUCAAGUCCCAUCUUUACAGGCAUCAGCGAUUGCACACGGAGGAAAAGCCUUUUUCCUGUCCCGAGUGCGGGAAAUGUUUUUCACUUAAGUCGUAUCUUUACAGACAUCGGAGAUUGCACACGGAAGAGAAGACACAUUCCUGUCCUGAUUGCGGGAAAUGUUUUGUACGUAAAUCAGAUCUUGUCAAACAUCAAAGGUCUCACACAGGGGAGAAGCCGUAUGCCUGUCCUGAGUGCGGGAAAUGUUUUUCAGUGAAGUCCCAUCUAUACAGACAUCAGAGAUCACACAUGGGGGAGAAGCCACGUUCCUGUCCUGAAUGCGGAAAAUAUUUUUCAAACAAGUCCAAUCUUUACAAUCAUCAAAGACUGCACAUGGGGGAGAAGCCGUAUUCUUGCUCUGAGUGCGGGAAAUGUUUUUCAAGGAAGCCCAAUCUUUACAGACAUCAGAGUGUACACACGGGGGAGAAGCCGUAUUCCUGUCCUGAGUGCGGGAAACGUUUUGUAGACAAUUCAAAACUUGUCAGACAUCAGAAAUCUCACACGGGGGAGAAGCCGUUUUACUGUCCCGAGUGCGGGAAAUAUUUUUCCCAGACGUCCACUCUUUCCACACAUCUGCAAUUGCACAUGGGUGUGAAGCCGUUUGUCUGUUCUGAGUGCGGAAAAUGUUUUGUACAAAAAUCAGACCUUGUCAGACAUCAGAGGUCUCACACGGAGGUGAAGCCGUAUUCCUGUCCUGAGUGCGGGAAAUGUUUUUCGGUAAAGUCCGCUCUUUCCACACAUCUGAGAAUGCACACGGGUUUGAAGCCGUAUUUCUGUUCUGAGUGUGGGAAAUGUUUUGCACAAAAAUCAGAUCUUGACAGACAUCAGAGGUCUCACACGGAGGAGAAGCCGUAUUCCUGUGCUGAGUGUGGGAAAUGUUUUUCGGGGAAGCACAACCUUUACAGGCAUCAGAGGUCUCACACGGGGGAGAAGCCGUUUUCCUGUCAUGAGUGCGGGAAAUGUUUUUCAUUGAAGAGCAAUCUUACCAGACAUCAGAGGUCUCACACAGGAGAGAAGCCGUUUUCCUGUCAUGAGUGCGGGAAAUGUUUUCCAAUGAUGAGCCAUCUUUACAGACAUCAGAGACGGCACACAGGGGAGAAGCCAAAUUCCUGUCCUGAGUGCGGGAAAUGUUUUUCAGAGAAGUCCAGUCUUCGCAGACAUCAGUUAUUGCACACACGGCAGAAGCCACUUUCCUGUCCUGAGUGCGGGAAAUGUUUUCGUUAUAAAUCCAGUUUUAAUGUACAUAAAAGACUUCACACAGGUGAGAAGCCACAUACCUGUCCUGAGUGCGGGAAAUGUUUUUCAGAGAAGUCCUAUCUUACCAAACAUCAGAGAUCACACACGGGGGAGAAGCCGUAUUCUUGUUCUGAGUGCGGGAAAUGUUUUGUACGAAAAUCAAAUCUGGUUGAACAUCAAAAGUCUCACAGGGGGGAAAAGCCAUAUUCCUGCCCUGAGUGCGGGAAAUGUUUUUCCAAGAAAUCCUAUUUCAACAGCCAUCAGAGAUUGCACACGGGAGAGUAUCUGUACUCCUGCUCCGAGUGCGGGAAAUGUUUUACCACAAAGUCAUAUCUUUCCAUACAUCGGAGGUCUCACAUGGGGGAGAAUCCAUAUUCCUGUUUUGAAUUUGAUAAAUGUUCUGUACAAAAAUCAGAUCUGGUCACUCAUCAGAAGUCUCAUACGUCCGAAAAGCCAUAUUCCUGCCCUGAGUGUGGGAAAUGUGUUUCAACAAAGUCACACCUUUCCAUACAUCAGAGGUCUCACACGGGGGAAAAGCCAUAUUCCUGUCCUGAGUGCGGGAAAUGUUUUGUAAAUAAAUCAAAUCUUGUCACACAUCAAAGGUGUCACAAGAGGGAGAAGCCUUUUUGCUGUUCAGAGUGCGGGAAAUGUUUUUUAGAGAAGUCCAAUCUUAGUUAUCAUCAGAGACUGCACACUGGGGAGAAGCUAUAUUCCUGUUCAGAGUGUGGGAAAUGUUUUGUAAAAAAAUCAGUACUUGUCGCACAUCAGAGGUCUCACACAGGAGAGAAGCCAUUUUCCUGUUCCGAGUGUGUGAAAUGUUUUUCAGACAAGUCCUCUCUUCACAAACAUCAGAGAUCGCACACAGGUGAGAAACCGCAUUCCUGUCCUGAGUGUGGGAAAUGUUUUUCAGGGAAGCCCAAUCUUUACAGACAUCAGAGGUCUCACACAGGGGAGAAGCCGUUUUCCUGUCUUGAGUGUGGGAAAUGUUUUUCACAGAAGUCAAAUCUUUACCAACAUCAGAGAUUGCACACAAGGGAGAAGCCUUAUGCCUGUCCUGAGUGUGGGAGAUGUUUUUCACAGAAGUGUCAUCUUGACAGACAUCAGAGAUCACACACGGGGGAGAAGCCACGUUCCUGUCCUGAGUGA